GUGUGUGUGCGCGCGCGCGGUGAACUGAGCUUUUCCACACUCUGUGGUCCAUAGAUUCCCUGGAAACUCAUUUGAAUUCGGAUCUUAAAAUUAUGCCACCGUAUUCCAGGGCAGAAGUGGAGACGGAUCAGCCAAAGGAAACGUGUUUGGAGUUCAUUUUGUCCGGAUUGUUUGCAUCUGUCAUUUCGUGCAGAAGUGCGUUUUUCCACACAGGUCCAUGAGAGGAGCGCGAGCAGGGCGCAGAAAAGAUGGCAAGAGGUGGUGGAAUCAGCAAGAUCCCAUUGCAACAUCUGCCCAGUGUCACCUGACCUACUGGAAGGUGAUUUUCCUAAUGAGUGUGUGUCUCCUGGAGAUUGUGGGUGGGCAAAGGCAUGCAGAGAAGAGGGAAGAAUCACACUCCACCACACUAAUGGCCCAAAAAGAGCAGAGACGGUCUCCAUGGGCUGCACUGUACGAUCCCUCCUUGGCAGAGGAAGGAGAGGAAUACAGGGCCAGAUGGCAUCGGUCUCUAGCAGACGUUUCUGUGGCUUAUCGAAAAUCCCGCAAAGAGCGUAAGAACCGAAAGCGGCAGCGAGAAAAUCUGAACCAGGACUGUCACCUUGAGAAGAAACAGAUGCGUGUGCGUGACCUGGGCUUAGGCUAUGAUUCAGACGAAAUUGUGCUCUUUAAGUAUUGUGUGGGGACGUGCAUGAGCUCACGGAGGAACUAUGAUUUGGCGCUUAAAAUUCUAACUGAGAAUGGCAGCAUCAUGGGCCGUGAUGUGAGCACUCAUCCAUGCUGUAGGCCUACACGCUUUGAGGCCGUGUCUUUCAUGGACACCCGAACAAACUGGCAAACCAUCCGGUGGCUCUCAGCAGCCAACUGCAGCUGUGUUGGGUGAGAGGAGGAGAGAUGGUCAAAAUGAGAAAUAAGUACAAAAUUCAACUCGGGAUAGACGAAGACAAGGAUCUGUUGAAGUUGUAUCUAUUCUGACACCUCAGAUGGAGAGCACAACUGGUUGAUCUAUAAGGAGCAACGUGACAGAUGCAAAUGUUGCAGCUGUUAGGUCAUGAAAGGGGUGGAACAGCAGCAGAGAAGAUUAAUAAAGGGGUAAGCGAUUGUGCUUUCCUAUCAGAGAGAGUGGAGAGGAUGCUCCUCUGAUGCUGUAGGGAAGAGGAACUGAUUUCUAUGAGAAGAAAACUGAGAAUGCAAUCAUAUAUCAAAAAGUUUUUUUAAAAAAACUGUUAACAUUAAUGUAGAGAACGAUCCACGGACAAUCUUGCUAGGAGCCAAGAACUUGGUAGCCAAACUCUGAAGGAUCCAUCUAUGCUUCUGUACUGUGGAAAUACAGAACUCAUAUGACACCACACACGCACACACACACACACACACACACACACACACACACAAAGAAUUAUAUUACAUGUCACCUUCCCUUCAUAAAGUAACAGUCUCUAUCAUUAAGAUAUCAAACCCCACUUGUGUAGUGCAGUACUCAUUAGACAUUGUGCCGAUUUUAAAUAUUCAUCAUGAUAUUAAAUAUUUAAUAUAAUUGCGUAACCUUUUUAUACUACAACAUGACAAUGUACUAUAUGACCCAAUUAGAACCUAUAGAACCAUAUUUUGUCCAAAAUCAGGAAACUUUGAAGACAUUUCUACCAUGCCAGCGUAUGCAACACAAUGCAUGCUAUGUAAGCUGUUAUAUUACUGUUCGGUUUACACUUUGAAUAGGUGCAGAUUCCAGCGUCUUGCAUUCUAUAGAAGACACUUGCAGCCUCUCCUACACCUCAGCCCAGAAUGCACAUCAGCAUAGGCUCACGUAUUGCUACAUUAGCAACUAUUAUACAAUAGGAAGCUUUUUUAAAUAAUUUUUAAAAGUUCAGUCCUGAUUCUGAUGAAUUUAUGCCGUUUAUGUUGAUGAAGCACCAGUAACAUACUUAUUUUCUUACCUUAUUACCUCAUUGGCUUUUUUGCAUUUUAUUUAAUCAAAGCUCUCUUGUUAUUCUAACAGUUUCGGAUCUAAAUAUGAUAUGCAUUGUGUUUUUAUGUCUUCUUUGUACAAAUGUUUGAGGACGUUGGCUUCAGGUUCAGGUAAACCAGUGGGCAUUAUAUACAGAAUCUGAGUCUUACAUUUAGCUGAAGGUGAGGUGUUGAGAUAAAGCAUUACAAGGAAUGUUUAGUUUGCAUGACUGAAAGCAUCAGUUCACUCAAAGUACUUCAGACAGGACGGUAGACUUGAUCUAAAAUUCAUAAACGGAUGAGGAUUUUGCCCUUUAGAUGCUUUUCUUCACAUACUGACCACCAGUUACUGAGAUUUUUUAAAACUCUGCAUACGCUCAACAAAGCAUCUUGUCAGUUAGAUGACACAGCUUGGCACAACUGAACAUAAACUGCUUUCCUAAUUGUUGCAUAGUUUGUGUCUCUUCUAUUAUACAGUUCUAUUAUUCUGGGUAGAAGAGGAAAUGUGUCUCAGUCAGGACACUUAACAAACUGCUUAAUUUCUCAGAUCUCAUUGGAAACGUGGCAGUUGAUUUGUGCUUAGCUACUUAAAACAGUCAGUCAACAUAUAUAUUAUAAAUAACUAAAACAUCAUAUUUGCCUCGCACCUCCAAGUUUGCAGGUUCAAAUUCCCAUUUUCUCUCUGCUCUGGAGUUUCCAUGUUUUCUCUGUGCUUCAGAGGUUUCCUCCAUGUACUCCGGUUUCCUCCAUCAAUCCAAAGACAUGUUGGCUAACAGGGAUCUUAAUUGUUUGUAGUUUGUAAAUGGGUGUGUGAGUUUGGGCACAAUUGUGCCCUAUGAUGGACUGGAACUGCCCAGUGUCCCCUGCCUUGUGCCCUGGGACUAGGCUCCAGGUUCCCUGUAAGGCUUUGUGGGUAAGCUGUACAGAAAAUUGACGGAUGGAUGGAUGGAUGGAUGGAAAUCUGAUAGCAGUCCAAUGUUUUAAAACGGGUUCAAUUGUAAUACACAGUAUUGGAUUGGUGCCCCCUUAACAUUGAGGGGUCAGUCAUCAACCAUUAACAAAAAGCAAGCAUGACAGUAAAAGUAUAUUGACGAAUGCAAUUCUAACUUUAUUUAAACAGUAUCUGCACAUUGACAGUAUUUUAUAUUCAUUGUUCAUUUCAUAUUGGAACGCACAACUAGGCAAAUAGGCAAGGUAGUACUCCUUUUCAUACAGGCCAUGCUUUGUUUUGCUUCACUUUAUUUCCAUAUUGUGACACAUUAUUUCUGCAUAAAAUAAUUGUAUUUAUAUGAAGGGAAUCUGUAACCUAUUGGUGUGAUAAGGUGGACUAACCAUGCAGGGCUGGAAACAGAAUCAGAGAUACCCAAGCAAUAUUGUCUCCAAUGAUAUACUGUAUGGCAGAAUUUUAGUACUUUUUGUAACACACUGGUCGAUUUGGCUUUGCGCCCCGUUAAAUUGUUAUGAACUUUUCCAUGACUUCAGAAGUACAACUGUUGCAAGUGCCAGAUCUGUGAGGUGUGUGAUGGUUGUGCCACAGUUCAGUAACAAACAAAUGAUAUUUUAACCAGGUAUGGAUAGAUGUUUGUUACUAAACAAACAGCAGCUUGGUUAUAAGUUAUUUUUAAUAUGAUUAAUAUUACAAAACAUAAAGUAUGUGAACUUGCUAAAGAAGUCUGUCAAUAAAUAUAUAGUAUAAUGCCAUAUUUAGUUUUAAUAAACAAGAAAUGUUAAAAACAGUAUUAAAGCAUAGUGCAUAAAGGUAUAUAUGGUCCAAGAAAGGAAAAGUAACCCAAUCGUCUAUCACUUUUAUUUGUGUGUGACCUUUUUUUUCACUCCCUGUCAUUUAUUACUUGGUCUAAAAUGAAAUGUACACAAUUUUCCUUACACCAAAUGUAGUCAUUUAGCAAAGACAUGUCCAACAUUUGCUCCUUUUGUUUUACACUGGAGCUACAUGGCUAAUGUAGCUAAGUAAGGAAACUUUUUCCUUAACUGAACACAGUAAGUGAAGUCCAUUUAAAAUGUGUCAUGUUUUUUGGGAAAUCUCAUGUGCUCUAAAGAGAAAAAAUACUUUUGGUGAGUCUGGAUCCUGUGAACAUGUAAAGGACGCUGUAUUAGUCAUGUUAGUUAUUUUUGGACCGUUCUGAGCACAGCUGAGUGUUGUUUUUUUUUGAGCCAGAACAGUCUAAAUGAUGGCCACCUGUUCCCACUGGAUGCUAUGCAUCUCCUGGUUUAUUUAAGGGAAAGGUUUAUCAGACAUAACUUAUCUAUUUAUCAUUGUAUUCAUAUGUUUGUUCCCAUAAUGAUUGGAUGCUUAUAAUUUAUCAGCUGACUGUUAUUGUAUUUACUAUUCAUGUUUCCUUAAGGAUUGUAAACAUAUACAUAUAUAAUACAUGAUUACUGACACAGUUAAGAAAAGGAGCAAUGUGUUCUCAUCAGGUUUUAAGCACCACAAUGCAAAACAAUCUAUUCAUCAACACAUGCUUAAUGCAAUGUGAUUUAUAUUCUAACACAUCAAAUCUUGGUUAAAUAUGCAAGGCCAUUAUUAUUAUUAUUAUUAUUAUUAUUAUUAUUAUUAUU